UCUAGGAGAACAGGAAAACGGAUUCCUGUGCGAGGAUUUUUAGAAUCCUCCGGACGAAAGAAAAUGAAGCAAUCCUUUGGGAAUACAGGAACAUACAAAUUUCUGUGCGAGGGUCUUGGAUUCUCCGGAUGAUGAACAGGGCAAACAUCUCUCAUGGAUAUGAAAUUCUUAGUAUUUCUAGAGAAUCGCACGGGUUAUUCAGUGUUGUUUAAAACUUGAUACAUGAGAAAAUAUGGGAGAGAGGGAGAAAGGAGAACUGAGUGCGAGCUACGAAGAAAAAAGCUUGGUACAGUGAAAGCUCUCUUCACGCUCCUAUAAUUUACCCUAGAAAGAAAACACAGUUCACUAAGUGACUGUGUUCCGCAUGUUGGGCAAAAUUGCCGUCAAGCUGAGUAGUCCAUGAGAAGAGUGCAGGAAAUUGAGUGACGAUUGGUUUGUUUAUAUUUGGUGUUUGGGAACGCAAUUUCGAAAUCGGUAAAGUGUUUGAAAAUUGAAAUAUCUAGAAGAAAGAAACGAAUCACGGUCUCGAGAAAAUGGAGGAUGGAAGGCCAAUCCCACCGUUCCGGUGCAACCAAAUUGAAACCGGUAGAUUGGCUAAGGAAUGGCGUUCCUGGAAAGACGCUUUGGAAUGCUACUUCGCUGCAUAUGGCAUAAUGGAUCAGCAAACUAUGAAGGCCAAGCUUUUGCACCUUGGGGGACCAGCACUUCAAACGGUCUUCAAAAAUCUUAAGGACAAAGACCACGUACCGAUGGUUUGCUUGGUGCCGAGAUACUAUGACGCUGCCAUAGAGAAAUUGGACGAUUUCUUCGAGCCACAACACCAGUGCACUUCGGAGAGGAGCAAGCUCCGGAAGAUGAAGCAAAGCCCGGGAGAAAGAUUUGCUGAUUACAUUAUCCGGUUGAAACAGCAAGUUACUGAAUGUGGGUUUGAUAAAUAUGGCAGCGAAAUACAGGGUAUCCUGACCGAUAUUUAUCUAACGGAUGUAGUCCUAGAAGGAUGCAGGUCUAACGAAGUACGCAGACGAAUUUUGAUGAAGGAUCUUGCUUUCGCGGAAAUCGAAGCCCUGGGUGUUUCGCAAGAAGGUAUCGACCAGCAGAUUGAGGCCAUUUCCAACGACCAGCAUCCCAGCGUUAAUUACACCGGACAGCAACAAUCCAAACGACAAAUAGGUAAAAUACCCGGAAAACGCUUCCAAGAACGGAAAAGAUACGAUGAUCAAGUUGACUCCAGGAUCUGUUUUAACUGCGGGAAAAAAGGGCAUAUUAGUAAAUCCCGCUGGUGUUUGGCAAGGGGUAAAGAAUGUCGAAAGUGCCGCCGUUACGGUCAUUUAGAGGAAUGUUGUCGACAGAAUACACAACCUAGGAACCAGAAUCAGGUUCGGCUGGUUGAAGAAAAUGUUGCGAAAGAAACUAAUUCGAAUCAACAACCCGGAAACUCAGAAACACCGGAAAAGGUAUAUUACGCAUUUUAUUCCGGGAAUGAAUCCAACGUGAUUCCGUGCACGAUCGGAGGCAUUGACCUUGAGAUGCUUGUCGAUUCGGGGGCAGACGCAAACUUAAUCAGCGAUUCUGUGUGGCAUUCGAUGAAAGGUAAGCAAGUUAAAGUUAAAUCCUCAACUAGAGGAAGCAACAAAAUUUUACGAUCAUACGGAAGGGAUGAUCCUUUGAUCAUACUCGGAUCAUUCUGGGCCAACAUUAUAGUUGGAAACAAGAACAUCGAUGCUGAGUUCUUGGUCGUACAAGGAGGACAGAGAUGUCUACUAGGAGACAAAACUGCUAAGGACCUAGGUGUUCUGAAAGUUGGGUUAGCAGUUAAUCAGGUGGAGAGAUCAUUGCGUCCUUUCACCAAGAUCAGCGGUGUACAGGCGAAAAUUCGCAUGAAAUCGGAUGCUGUCCCAGUUUUUCAACCAAUGCGUCGCAUCCCAUUGCCCUUAGAAGCCGCCGUCAGCCGUAAGCUGGAUGAAUUGAUUAAGAGAGAUAUUAUCGAGGUGAAGGAAGGUCCAACAAGCUGGGUAUCUCCGCUCGUUGUUGUUGGAAAAGCCAACGGCGAACCUAGACUUUGCCUAGACUUGCGUCGAGUCAAUGAGAAUAUCAUACGGGAACAUCACCCUAUGCCGGUGGUCGACGAUUACUUGGCCCGUUUGGGUAGAGGCAAAAUUUGGAGCAAAUUAGACAUCCGAGAAGCUUUCUUACAAAUAGAACUAGCAGAAGAUUCGAAGGACAUAACAACGUUUAUAACGUCGCGAGGAUUAUUCCGAUUCAAACGCUUGUGCUUCGGUCUAGCAACGGCUCCCGAGUUAUUCCAAAAGGCUAUGGACGAAAUCCUUUCCGGCUGUCCUGGAACACAUUGGUACUUAGACGACGUUAUUAUUGAAGGUGUAGAUUUGAAGGAGCACGACGAGCGCCUUGAAGAGGUUCUCUCCAGAUUCAAAUCUCGUGGAGUGGAACUUAAUUGGGAGAAAUGUCAACUACGUGUAACUGAAUUGGAUUUCUUGGGCCACACUAUUUCUCAAUCUGGUAUCCGACCAUGUGAGAACAAAGUAAAAGCUCUUUUGUCUUUCCGUGAACCUCAAUCUGAGCCAGAAGUUCGCAGUUUUCUUGGACUGGCGAAUUACAUGAAUAAAUACAUUCCGAAUCUAUCAACCAUGGAUGAACCCUUGAGGCGAUUACUCAAUAAAGACAUUGCAUUUCAAUGGGGUUCUUCACAGGCUCGGGCUUUUGAUGAAAUAAAGAAAUCAAUGGCUAAGGUGGAAAAUUUAGGCUUUUACAAGGUAGAAGAUCGUACAAUUGUCAUGACCGAUGCAAGUCCGUGUGGAUUAGGCGCGAUGCUGGUACAGUUCGACUCCUCAAAUGAACACCGCAUCAUAUGCUUUGCCUCAAAAUCCCUAACAGAAACCGAACGAAGAUAUUGCCAGACUGAAAAAGAGGCAUUAGCCAUAGUCUGGUGUGUUGAGCGAUUUCAACAUUAUCUGCUUGGCAAAGAGUUCGAAAUUUGUACGGACUGUAAGGCAUUGAGCUUCCUUUUUACACCACGUUCGAAGCCAUGCGCUCGGAUUGAACGAUGGGUGUUGAGACUGCAAGCGUUUAACUACUCAAUAGUGCACGUACCGGGCGCAAACAACCUAGCCGAUGUGUUUUCCAGGCUUUCUGUGACGACUCCUAUACCAUUUGAUAGAGCAGAAGAAAUUUUCGUAAAAGAAAUUGUGGAAGGUGUCGCAGAAGCGGCUGCAAUAUCAUGGAACCGGAUAAAAGAAGCCUCUAGCAAGGACACUGAAAUAAAUCAAAUAAUAAAACAGAUAUCCACCGGUGAAAUCGAUACUUUGCCAAUCCAUUUCCGUGUAGUGUCAAAGGAACUAUGUUAUGUUCAGAAUGUUCUACUCAGAGGUGACCGCAUAGUUGUACCAAAAGCCCUCAGAGAUAUGGUUCUCCACACAGCACACGAAGGUCAUCCGGGUAUUGUAAUGAUGAAGAAUCAUUUACGUACAAACGUUUGGUGGCCAAAGAUGGAUGCUGAAGUGGAGAAAUUUGUAAGAAACUGUAGAGGAUGUACCCUAGUUGCUGCGCCGAGUCCACCAGAACCUAUGCGCAGAAGUCAGCUUCCCGCAUCACCAUGGCAAUCACUAGCAUUAGACUUCCUUGGGCCCUUACCGGAGGGUCAAUAUUUGCUAGUUGUGAUCGACUGUUUUAGUCGAUUCAUGGAAAUUUGCGAAAUGAACACCAUAUCAUCGAACGAUGUUACCCGCGAACUACGAAUAAUGUUCAGUAGAUACGGAGUACCAUCUGUCAUUAAGGCAGACAACGCUCCUCAGUUGAGCGCUGAAUGCGUAGACUUCAGUAAAUUCUGUAAUGAGCAUGGUGUUAAGAUAGUUAAUAGUAUACCAUAUUGGCCACAGUCUAAUGGCGAAGUAGAACGCCAAAACCGCUCCAUAUUGAAACGUUUGAAAAUUUCCCAGGAAUUAGGAAAAGAUUGGAGAGCUGAACUUCGUAAUUAUUUACUUACUUAUCAUGCUACACGACAUCCCACUACAGGUAAAUCACCGGGAGAAUUGAUGUUCGCACGACGAAUCAAAACAAAGCUACCAUCACUCACGGAUUUUCAAGAAGACGAGGAAGUUAUGGAUCGUGACGCACUUGUUAAAGCGAAAGGGAAAGAGUACAGCGAUGGUAAAAGACGAGCUGAAGAUAGUACCAUUGUAGUGGGCGAUCAUGUCUUGGUUAAAAGAAUGAAAAAGAGUAACAAGUUGGAGACUGAUUACGCUAAUGAGGAAUUUGUUGUAUGUGGAAAGCAUGGAACGGACACAACAGUAAGAUCUUUACUCACUGGGAAGCAAUAUCGUCGCAGUUCUGCUCACCUGAAAAAGAUUCAGCCCAAUAUCCAUACACCAGGUAACAAUGGUAAUUCCAAUGAAGAAACAUGCAAAUUGCUAGAACCAGAAAAUAAUGAGGAAGCUAAUCACGAUAUAUCAGAUCCUGUUUCACAAGCCGCAGAACUUGGAACGAGUCUAACAGCUUCAAAAAGAAUUAGACAACAACCUGCGAAGUUUAAUGAUUAUAUGCCACAUUGA